AUGGCUUACCGUUCGCCCGCCUCAAUCCCCAUCCCGUCGAACGGCGCCGCCGCUGCGUCCAGUCCCGUAGUCGAAACCCGCACCUUGCUGACGUUCCCGACCGAAGGCCUCCCGUCGCCGCGCAUCGUAUCCCAAGCCAACCUCCGCGCUUUCCCGGUGCGCUACCCCGCCGGCUCGCCUCCCGCACAAACCCAAAUCAACCGCUGGCUAUGCUGCCGCUGCGCGGAGGAGGGUUACACCGACCCCGUCGGCAUGGUCCACUAUCCCUCUUCUUCUUCUUCUUCCUCCUCCCACGCCGGCAGCAAUAACAACAACAGCAGCAGCUUCGGCAAUAGCAACAGCAACAGCAACGAAGAGGACCUCAGCGGCAGCGGCAGCGGCGGCAGUGGCAGCGGCGUGUGCUGGCGCCCGACCUGCCGUCACCGGAAGUGCGUCAACUGCGCGCUGUUCGCGGGCCCGCUGGGCCGCGACCGCGAAGCGAAGCUGCUGAUCCGCACCGUCGGCGGCCUGGCCGCGUCGCCGCGCUUCCUCGACCCCGUCCACUGGGAGUGCGCCGGCUGCGGCGAGUGGGCCCGCAACCGCUUCGACUCGCGCUGCCUGCUCGGCGUCACCGCGUGCGCCAACCGCGCCUGCGUGCUUGGCUGGCGCGCUGGGCAGGCGCAGCUUCUUCUCGGGCUGGCGGGUGCGCAGGGGGCGGGGAGUGGGAUGGGCAGUGGCGGCGGCGGUGGUGGUGGUGGUGGUGGAAGCGGUGGCGGAGGCGCGGGCGUGCUGAGUGCUGACAGCGUGGUGAUGAAUAGGUAUGGGCAGAGGCUCGGCACGGCGGACCAGCGGGUGGCGCUGGCGGACGGCCCGUGGGAUUGGCAGCGGAGAGCGCUGGGUGAUCCGAGAUGUGCGAUCGUUGCUGGUUUGAGGGCGGCUAUGAAACGGUCUGGGAGCAAUAGUGCGAACGGUGCCCAUAGGAGCGCGUGUGAUCUGGGGACGUUGUGGAGGGACGGGGAGCCGGUGCCGCACUAUCCCUAUCGGCGGCCGCCCCCGGUGCAUGAGAAUGAUGUUGAGGAGAACAAUGAAUAUGAAGGUUCGUAUCUGGCGGGGAUGCCGACGGAACCGCGGGACAAAGGGAAGAGGCUCGAGCAGCAUUACACUACGCCCAGUCCAGUGGUCGUGGAUCCCAUAGCCCUCAACCCGGCCGGGCUUGGAUUCCCUUCGGGAUGGAAUCACUUGUAG